CUUGGCGUCACAUGCUCUAAUUUCAGAAUAAUUUUAUAAUUUUUUUGUGUGUUAUCAUUACAUUUUGAAAUUAUCAUUAUUUCGUUCCAACCAAUCCUAGAUUUGAAAGUAUUAGAUUUGUUUGUUAUAACUAACUUCAACGCAGCAAUAAUCUGGUCUGCCGUCUCAUUGUCCAUAAUUUUCAUGCUAAUUAGUGUCUAGUAAGGAAGAUGAAGGAUAUGAUGGAAAUACUUGGGACGGUUGAAGUGACGGAGAAGGAUAAAGCGAUUGAACUCUUGAAGGCCUUGCUGGCAGAGUUCAUUGGUACUUUCUUCAUUACCUACUUCGGCUGCAUGUCCUGCAUCAACUUGGGGAAUUUGAUAAGCCUCAAAAGCAUCGUCUUGAUUGCGCUCACCUUCGGCUUCGUCGUCAUGGUAUCCGUCCAGGCCCUUGGACAUGUAAGUGGAGGUCAUUUCAAUCCAGCGGUGACCGUUGGUUUCAUGGUAGUAACAUCGAUACCCGUCAUCAGAGGAUUGUUUUAUCUUCUUGUGCAGAGUUUGGGUGCGGUAAUUGGAGCUUUAGUCUUGAUGGGAGUGACUCCUAGUGAAUCCCGGGGUAAACUGGGGCUAACAUCAGUCACUGUAAAAGUAGAGCAAGCAUUAGUAGUAGAAUUCGUUUUAGGAUUUUUUUUAGUACUUGUAGUAUUUGGUGUCAGUGACAAAAAGAAACCUCUAGCUAAACCUGCAGCUGCUCUAGCCGUUGGUCUUACUGUGGCUGGUGGUCAUUUAUCUUCAAUACAAUAUACCGGGGCAAGCAUGAAUCCAGCAAGGAGUCUUGGACCAGCUGUUGUUUCUAAUAAUUGGGAGAAUCUUUGGGUUUAUUGGAUUGGACCUAUCCUAGGUGGUAUCUGUGCUGCUUUACUUUAUUUCUUUAUACUCAAAGCAAAAGAUUCAAGUGACGCUGCCAACACUCCAGGAGAGGUUUAAUAACUAGACAUAAAAGGUAUUGAAGGAGACUAAUGUCUGUCAAAGACCAAGCAUAAGUUGACCAGUCUGCAUUAGUUUACUCCCAAGAUUGUUCUCUCAUCUUCAACCACAGUAAAAGACAAGUUUAUUGUUUUAAUUAAAACUAUUAAUACAUACCUCAAUCAUGAUAUUUUUGUUUAAUAACAUUUAAAAAAAUUAAUGAGUCAGAGAUGCUGAAAGGCAGAAAGGUCAGUCACUAAAAGAUAACAUUAACAUGACACUAAUGAACAUGAGUUUAUAGUGAUGUGGCUAUCAAAUUCAACAUGUCUGAUAUUUCUUAAAAUCUCAAACAAUUUAAAAUCAUAACAGACUUAAUUGAAAAGAAAAACUACGUAAUAAAUUCAUAUUCAAAUUUUGUUUAAUGUUUCUAGAGAUUAAAAUUAACCAAAACUAAGGAGAAAAAAGUCUUCUCCAUAUAAAUAACUUCAGAUAGCUGCUAUGUCAAAUAUACCAUCAUGAAUUCUUCUAUAGGCAUAUUGAUAUAUGAAUAAGAAUUGAUUGAACCCCGUUUCAGUAAUAAAUAGUAAAAUAUUUAAUGAAAUACAUAAAAAUAAGCAAUGAGGUUAAUGAGGUUGCAGGACAAUAGGAAAGAAGUAAAAAAGGAAGAUUGGAAAAAAAAAAAAGAUAUGAACAAUAUCUUGUAUUUUCUCCCCUUUCAAAUAUUAAAAUUUGUAUUUCAAGAUCUAAUUAAUCAUUUAUUUUAUACACACAAUUUAGCAUGUAACACAGUGUGAGAGGACACACACACAUACACAAAAAAAUGUGCUUUUAUCUUUAUAGAGAGAUUUCACAGAAAGUAUUAACAACAACUGUUUCAUAGUUCAUAGUUUUAAGACAAGACCAUGAGAAUGAUCAAAAUAAAAAAUAAAUAAUAUUGAUAUCACAACAGAAAUAAAAAUAAAAACAAAAUAAUAUAAAACAAUUCAACAGAUUAAAUGUGACAACUUAAAAACAAAAAAUUUAAAACAGUUCAACAGAAUAAAUGUACCAAAUAAAAUAAAAUUAUAGUCAUCUACCAACUGCUUCCUGCAGUGCCCGAUGUCACACCCUGAUGAAGAUCUACAAAGAUAGUGGAAACGUUGGCGUAACAAAUAAAAUACUAUUCUUAUAAUAUAAUAUUUAUAUGCUCCCCCCCCCCAGACCAACUCCUCAUAAAAUAAAAUUAUGUUGAAAUAACAUAGUGUAUGUUCUGAACAAGUAGAGGUCAAAGCUCAUUCCAUCACAUUUUAAUUUAUUUGCAGUGACAGUGAUUUCAUAUUAAUAGAACACUUGCUUAAUUUAUUAUAAUCAUUUUUAAUCAACAUAAAAUAAACUUCUGAAUCAUCUUCAAUUGAUAACCGUUUAUAUAUUUUCUGUCAUUAUGUAUUAUUCCUUUAUCAGGAAAUAUUUUAAAAGCUUUUGUUUCAUCAUUAUAAAGAACUAUACACAAAUCGACUAGAUUCAUUUUCAAACAAUAUUUGCUAAGUAACAUAUUUUAUAAUGCUUAAAUAAAGUUUAUGAAUAAUCACCGUCACUCUAAAUAAAAAUCAAGGGAUGGAGCAUUUUAAAAAAGACCCCAAGUAUCAUUUCAUUUAUGAAUAUUAUAGAUAUAGUGAGCAGGAUUCUCACUAUAUACUUAUUUCAAAGAUUAACCAUGUACUUUGGUGAGAAGGCAUAAUAACUAUAGCAUGGGAGCAAAGCUUAAUUCUAUAGGUCCUGACUCAAAAUGCGGUACUGCAAAAUAAAUCUUAACUCUUUGGUUAGAAAGAAUCAAUAGGCCUAUUUGCUAAACUAACACCGUUUCCUCACUAAUAUCAGGCCAAUACCCUAGUAAUAAGAGCUACUUUGGUCAAAUUAGGUCAAGAAUUUAUAAAUACGCAAUUCUUCUUUGUAAAAAAAUAAAUAAAAAACAAAUUUCAAAAAUAAUUAAAAAUAUGAAAAUAAAAAACAUUUUAACAAAUUGAAUAAAUAAAAAACGGUAACAGAUAAUCGUUAAAACAUUUAUUGGAUUAAUCAAAAUAAUUAAUAAAAUGGCAUUAACAAGAAGUAUGAAGUAACAAAAAGGCUGACCUAAUAGAUCAUGGAACGGUAAAAAAUUAAAUUAAAAGAAAGAUAAAGAAGAAAAUUAUAUCAACAAUGAAACUAAUAUUCUAAAAUAAAUGACAAUACUAAAAAAAGUGGGAAUAGAUUUCAAUACUUCUCAAUUUUAACAUAAUAUAUAUCAUUCAAGAAAGAACCUUUGUUCUGGACUAGAAUUGAAAUAAAUCUACGAAUGACAAGGAUCAGAAAUAAUAAUUUUUUUUCAGAUUACAUAACUAUAGACCGUUAAUAAAUGAUUCAUAUCAACUGAUCAAAAUUAAAAUAAAAUAAAACCAACAUCAAAGAUUCAAUUUUAUAAACAACUGAGCUAUAGGAAUAACAAUCCAUGUCUCGAAAUCUCUUUUAAGACACAAGGCCUCAGUGAUUAUCACAAGAGAAACAAAACAUUCAAUUCCAUUUUCAAAAAAAAUAAAUAUCUUUUAUGUUAGGUGAUAUUUGACAGCCACUGAGUACCCACAACAUUUAAAAUACAUCUAUUACAAACUACAUAAAUUAAAAAAAUUAAAGAUUAACAGCUACACUCAAAAGACAUAAUUAGGUAAGCAAAUAAAAAAAGACCACAAAGAUAAACUAUCAGAAAAAUUGUAUGGGUAAUUAAGUUUAUCGUUUUCCUGACACUACAUGGAAUCAGUUUAAGAUUUGAAAAUAAAAAAUUUUAAUGUCAAUUACGAUAAAAUCUUAAAAUAAAAAGAUAACAUUAAUAAAGUAGUUUACCUCUGAGAUACAAUAAUGUGAAUUAUAAUUUACAUACUCAUAUCUGGUCCCAUUCCAUCAAUUAUAAUUAUUUUCCACCAGUAAAAAAUUUCAAUAUUUUUAUUUGCUUCUUGUUAUGCACGUUUUUAUUAAAGAAAACUAAAUAAUGUUAUAUAAAAAUUAAAAAACUGUCAUAUAUGAACUCAAUAAAACUCAAUUUAGAAUUAAUACUCGGUCAACCUAACCAGCUCUAUCUAUGAAUAAUAAACAAAUAUACACACCAUAAUUUCAUCCAUUCAAACGAAACAGAUGAAAUGAACAAAAAACAAACAAACUACAAAGUUUAUGUCUGUAACUGAAGCAAGAUUAUUCAAAUAUUAUUUUGAGGAUUAUAUUAAUACUAAUUUAAAAUUAAAUAAAUAUAUCAGACUCGUAAAUAAAUACUGAAGCGUGAUUUCUUUGGUUUCAGACUUUAAAUUAAAUAAUAAUAUUUUCUUUUGAACUAUAAAUAAACAUUACCAAUUAAAAUAUCACCCAGUAUACUGCAGUCAACAAAAACAUGAAACUAAUUUGUGCUUUGCUAAAGGAAGGAUCUUAUAAAAACAUAUCUAAUAAUAUAAAAAAAUAUAAAGUAAUAUACCUAAUUAUAUAGUAAAGCAAUAAUCACAGGAAAAUAUUUGUGUAAAGAAAGAUACUAGCAAGCUGGUUUUUUUAAAUAAAUAAGAAUUUAUAGCUCAUGUGCAUAACAUUGAAUACAUAAAAUUUCCUCUUAUUUACUCAGUUUGGCUAAUGCCGAUUUAAUGAUAGAAUUAUCUGGAAGAUUUGUUGCCCAUUUUCUUAAGCCGAUUAAUAUAACUGAACUCGUGACAAAAAUAGCUCCAACUAUACUAUAUAUAUUAGGAACUUCUUUAAAGAAAAGGACUUGCCAAAUAAAAGCAAAAACUAUAUCAGCAGACCUAGCAAUUGAAACUGGUCCAGCUUGUUCUAAUUGUAAGGAUAUUGUCAACAAUAUUUGACCACUAAAGCUGAAAAUACCUAAUGUUAAUAUAAGCAGUCUCUCCACACCACACUGAGGUAAACAUAAGACCCCAAGAUACCAAGAUACAAAGAUGGUUUCUAUAAGGGCAUAGACACCAAAAUUGAUCAUAAUUACUGAAAAGUGGAGACCUUUAAGAACUCUCAAUAAAAUGUAUGCAUUAGCACCAAAUAAUGUGGCUGAAAAAGCUGCAACCCCACCCCAUAUGUCUGUUCGAACAUUUUCUUCAGAUCCCAAUGAUGGGACAGAACUUCCAAAAAUUGAAAUAGGCCUAGUAAUAAGAAGAACACCAGUGAGUGUUAAGCAUAUUGUUAAAAUACUAAAAGCAUCACAGGGUUCUUUCAAAAACACAAGGGCAAAAAUGGCAACAAAAACUGGCACACUAAAAACAAUGACAGAAGCAUCUGCAAGAGGCAUGUGACGAAAGGCAUAGAAACUUAACAUUAGUCCUGUAGUACCAACAACAGACCGUAGUAUCAGCAUUAAUCUCUUUCCUUUAGGGAAAACAUUUUCUCUCCUCCAAAUCGCUAUUGGAAUUGAAGGUAGGAGCACUCCAACAAAUCUGAAGGCAGCUAGUUCCAUUGGAUGAACACUAACCAUCCAUUUCACUAUCACUGAACAAAUAGAGAAAAAAAAUGAUGAUAUAAAAGCUAAAGUUAUACCCAAGUAUGGAUUAGAUUUCCAACUAAAACGUUUGAAAUUAGUUCGUCUUUCACUAUUCUCCCGAGAAUUUUCCUCCUCCACAAGAGAUUGCAUUUCCACACGUUCAUCCAUGUUUUAAUUGAUUAGAUAUGAGUUAACAGUCGUUAGUGAGAAUAUAAGUAAUGUGGACAUAACCACAAAUGUUUGGUAGUUCAUUUAACAAAUCCAUGAUGAAACAUAAUUUGCAUCAUAUUACAUGACUACAAAAACUAAGAACCUCCACAAGAUUCACUAAUUUCACUUGUCAAAUAUUUGACACCGCUA